AUGGCAAUAUGUGUUACUGUUGAUGACGAACAACAACGUUUACAGAAACAAAAUAUUCCUCAUUUACGAGAAUUACAUUUAAUGAAACUUAAUGAAGAUGAAGAAAUCAUUGCUCGAGAAGAGCUUAAAAAAUACGAUGAAGAACAAAGUGAAUUAGAAAGACUUGAUGAUCUUGAUUCAUAUAAGUCUAGAAUGGAAAUUAAUGAUCUAAAAGAACAAAUCAAGAAAGCUGAAAUAGAACGCGAAUCAUUGAAUAAACAAUGUGAAGAAUAUCGUACUGAACAUGAAAAAAAAAUAGCUGAUUUAGAAAAACUAACUCUUGAUCUCGCACAACGUACAAAAGAAAUCCAACAAUUUCAAGAACAAGUUCGAAAUCUCAGACAACAAAAACAUUUGUUGACUGUUGAACAAGACAAAUUACAAAGGAUGCUUAUUGAAGAUCAACAACUAUUUGAAUUAGAAAAU